AUGGACUCCUACCCAAUACCGGUAUGGAGCAAGACACGACAUCGCUCCGUCCGACUUGGUACCACCUCUCACUAUUGCUCCCCAGUGGGCGUGAGCAGCUCCUUCAACCUCCUUAAUGUCUCCUCUGUGCCUGCUACCCUUCAGUGGGUGCAAACAACCCGUCAUCCUUCCUUGAUCGCUCUUCUGCGCCUGUCACUCCAACAUUCGCUCUCUCUCUCUCUCUCUCUCUCUUACGCAUUUUCUCUCGCGUUUUUUGUUUUCUCUCUCUCGCGCGCUUUUUUCUCUCUCGCGCUUUUUUUUUCCACGCUUAUUUCACGCUUUCUAUCUUUAUUCUCCUCUCUCUCCGCUUUGUUCUCCCUCUCUCUCUCCCGCUUUGUUCUCCCUCUCUCUCUCCCGCUUUGUUCUCCCUCUCUCUCUCCCGCUUUGUUCUCUCUCUCUCUCUCCCGCUUUGUUCUCUCUCUCUCCCGCUUUGUUCUCUCUCUCUCCCGCUUUGUUCUCUCUCUCUCCCGCUUUGUUCUCUCUCUCUCUCUCUCCCGCUUUGUUCUCUCUCUCUCUCUCCCCGUUUUGUUCUCUCUCUCUCUCUCCCGUUUUGUUCUCUCUCUCCCGUUUUGUUCUCUCUCUCCCGUUUGUUUUCUCUCCUCUCUCUCUCUCUCCCUGUUUUGUUCUCUCUCUCUCCCGUUUUGUUCUCUCUCUCUCCCCCGUUUUGUUCUCUCUCUCUCCCCCGUUUUGUUCUCUCUCUCUCCCCCGUUUUGUUCUCUCUCUCUCCCCCUCCUUGUUCUCUCUCUCUUUUUCUGGAUUCGCACCACGAAGGUCCCUCGUCCCGGAACCAAUUCUUCGUCGACAGCGACGAGGCUGGUAGCUAGAAGCCGGUCUCUGAAUCGACUCCACCCACAUAGACGGUCCCUCUGCCGUCAAUGCUCUUGCACCUUCCACGGUCUGAUUACUGAACCUUCCAGUCUCAUUAUUGACAUUCCUCGAUUCUUCUUCCACUUGAGGUUGCUUUACUCUAUCUUCUCUUCUUGCCUCUAA